AUGGCCAUGUGUCCUGGCGACACGACGGAAUGGGAUCCGCUGGCUUGUCCAUUGUUGCCACGCUCUGACUUUCUGCUGAUCCUGGCUCUUGACACUUGCCAGGACGAUGUGCAGCGGAAGUUCGGCAACUUGCCGAAGGAGCUGCCGCAGCGGGAGCUCCACCAAGCCCUGGCGGAUGGGGCAGAGGCCUACGAGCCCCUCGAGUUUCGGAGCUUCGACGAGAUAGAGGCUUUGAAAGAAGAGGCCCAGGACGACGACGAGGAGCUGCUGCGCAAAUACCGCAAGCAGCGCUUGGCUCGGGGCUCCCAGGAAGAGGGGCGCUCUGCUUUCCUCCGAGAGUCAGACGCCUUCUCCCCUUCUUGCUGUGAGCGCUGUGUACCUUGCCGGCCAGCCAACUGGCUUACAGGCUGUCCAGGUCUCCAGAGUCUCCAGGGCUUCUCCCUGCCCUGCGGCCGGGUGCUGGGCAUCCCGAUUCGCCUGCACGUGCUGCUGCCUCUGACAGUGGUGCUGGCUGGCCUCGGUCCGAUUGUGUCUGGGCAUCCCUGGCUUUCCGUCGCUCUCGCGGUGCUGGUUGCAGGGCCAUUGCUGCUCAUCACCGUCUUAGCCCACGAGCUGGGCCACGUCCUUGCAGCCAGGAGAUGCGGCUGCCCCGCUGAUCACAUCCUCCUUUGGCCGCUAGGGGGGUUGGCCUUCAUUGGCGGAUCUGCGGGCCCCAAGGCACAGAUCUUCAUCUCCGCCUCAGGCCCUGCAACUCAUCUGCCCAUGCUGGGCGUCUGGGCGUUGCUCCUGGCACUGCUUCAGGGCCACAUCACCCUGUCCACCCACGGCCUCUUCAUCGAUCGGGACUUCUUCAACUUAGUGUGCAUCGCCAUGCUGAAUACCAACGUGGCGAUGCUGCUCUUCAAUCUGCUGGUCCCUUGCUUCCCCUUGGACUGCUCGCGGAUCCUGGCCAGCCUGCUCCUGUUCUGGAUGGAGCCGGGGAAAGCCGCUGGCGUCAUCGUGAUUUGCUCUUGCAUUGCGCUCAUUGUGCUUGUCGGCCUGAGCAUUUGGUCCUAUGCGGAAAGCAGCACGUCUUCGUCCUUGAACUUGUUCUUGGCGUUCUGGCUCGGCAUACAGACCUGGAGGCUGCAUCAAAGUCGACAACAGGGCGACCUGGCCUCCGAUCCGCUCUUCGGCGCGGCCAUGGCGGCGUCCCAGGCAUCCGAGGCCCAGGCCCAGGCAGCACCAAGCCGCUUCCGGCCCUUUGAAGGAGGCGCCAUGUCGUUGGGCAAAGCCACUGCGCCCACCGGCCAAGUCUGCCUCGGUGCAGCCCUCGCCUUGUGCGUGGCGAUGCACGUCUCCCGCGCCGGGCUGCGGCUUUCGGAGCCUUCGGCCGAGCUGAAGGAGGCCGCCUCGGCACGCUUCGGCGAGCUGAGGCAGCUCUGCCGCGCUGAGUACAUCCGGGAGGUCACGGAGGCCAGUGCGGCAGGACAAUGGGUGCUGGUCUUGCUGUACACCGAGAGCAGCCACGCAUGCCACGCGAUGAUGAGGCCCUGGGCGGAGGCGGCGCGGCGCUUCCCGGCCGUGAAGUUCCUGAAAGGGGUGGCCUCGGAGAUCAUUCCCGACUUCCCGGACAGCCUCACGCCCACUGUGAUCAUGUACAAGGACAAGGAGUGCGCGAAGAAGGUGCAGGGCCUCGCCGACUGGGGAGGCCAAAAUCGAGUCUGUGCCGAUUCCGUGGAGUGGGUGCUGGCAGAGCUGGGAGUGGUGACGUGCCCUAACACUUGUCUGUGCUCCUUUGAGCGUUUCACAUUGGGAGAGAGAAGUUCGGCCCUCUGA